UCAGAAAGAACUCAGAGUUCUAGCUUGUUCCACCGAACAAGAUCUCCUCUUAUGUUCACACACCAACUUUGAUAAAAGAAAAGAAAAGUUUCUGUUUCAUUUUGCUGUUCGUAUCAGUUUAGUUCAUCAAGUUUCAGAUAAAUGGAGACAAAAAUCGUGCUGUCAAAACCAUUAACACUUGAAGGCGAAACAAACUCAGACGAGCAUUGCGAAACUCCAAAUAUUCUGCAACGCAUAUUAAGUCUCUUCAAGAAUAUGCGCCAAGGAUCUGAUCUCUCAUGCUUCAAGCUGCCACCUGUGCUGAACAUGCCAAAGUCACAACUACAGUGCUAUGCAGAAUCUAUAUACUGUACAGCAUCAGAUUUGUUGAGCAACAUUAACAGUGGGAAGACUCCACUAGAUAGACUUGUACUCGUUGUGGCAUGGACCAUUUCUACCACACGCCCUCUAAGCUUUGGAGUUGCACCCUACAAUCCCACUCUUGGUGAGACUCAUCAUGUUUCCAAACGAAACCUCAAUCUCUUAAUGGAGCAGGUUUCACACCACCCUCCUGUAUCUGCCCUCUAUGCCACUGAUCACAACGAAAACAUUGACAUCACAUGGUGCCACUCUCCGGUUUCAAAGUUCCAUGGUACUUCAAUAGAAACUAAGGUGCAUGGCAAACGAUCGUUGAAGCUUCACAAUCACGGAGAGACCUAUGAAAUGAAUUCUCCUAAUCUACUUAUCAGAAUUCUUCCCAUCCCUGGGACUGAAUGGGUCGGCAAUCUCAGUAUAAGGUGCCCAGAAACAGGCCUUGUGGCAGAAUUAAACUACAUGAGCCAAUCUUUCUUUGGAUUUCGGGCAGGUCGAAGACAGAUUAAAGGAAAAAUUUAUGAUUCAUUGUCUAAGAAGAUUCUACACAAAGUUGAAGGUCAUUGGGACAGAACUGUAACCGUAAAAAGUACAUCUAACGCUGAAGAAAGAGUGAUAUAUGAUGCAAGAGAAGUUAUUUCGGGGCUUCAAGCUCCUAUUGUGGUGAAUCCAGAGAGUGUGUGGCCAACAGAAACAGCCGUUGUUUGGGGUGAGUUAAGCGAAGCCAUCUUGAACAAAGACUGGGAGAAAGCAAGAGAAGCAAAGAAAAUUGUGGAGGAAAGACAGAGGGAGCUUCUGAGAGAAAGAGAGGCAAAGGGGGAAAAUUGGACCCCGAAACACUUCGUGGUGUCUUAUAGCAAAGAAGAGGGUUGUUGGAACUGUUCACCCAUCAAAAAGCCUGUCCCUCACGCUCCAAUUGUCACCUUGUAAUUUGCCAGAACUGUAUCUGUAUGUUUCAGAGCAGUUACCAAAAAAGUUAUUCCGCUUUUAUCACUAAUUCUGUACGUUUUAAAACUCAAAACAGAAUCUUAUACCAUACAAAUCAUCCAUAAAUAUAUCAAUAUGUUUGUUACGGAGAGCAAUAAUUCUAUCAC